GCUCGGCUCGGCUCGGCUCGGGCCAUGGGGCGGCGCGGGCUGCUGGGGCUGCUGUGCGCGCUGCUGCUGGCUUGCUGGGGUCCUGGUGACGCCGUGAGAUGCUCUGAUAAGCAGUACGAGCACAAGGGCAAGUGCUGCAACCGCUGUCAGCCAGGGGAAAAGCUGGUCUCUGAAUGCAAUGCCACAGAAGACUCUGUCUGCGUCCGCUGUGAGAGCGGACACUAUCAGCAGAGCUGGACCAAGGAGCGGCACUGCACCCCCCACGACAUCUGUGAAGAAUACACUGGCCUCAUUGUGAAGACGCAGGGAAACGCGACGCACAACACGGUGUGCCAGUGCCGGGCCGGCAUGCACUGCUCAGACACCAGCUGCCAGACCUGCGUGGAGAACCAGCCCUGCAAGCAGGGCUUUGGGUUUGUGUCAGCCAAGACCGUGCCUCAGACGUCAUCGCCCUGCGAGCCCUGUCCAGAAGGCACCUUCUCCAACGUCUCUUCCAAAACCGAGCCGUGCUACCCCUGGACAAGCUGUGAGGAGAAGGGGCUCGUGGUGAAGGAGAAAGGGACAAACACUUCGGAUGUGAUCUGUGAGUCGGCCAGGCGCUCCUCGCUGUCCGUGCUGAUCCCCAUCACGGCCGCGGUCGUCACCUGCCUCGUGGGCAUCUGCAUCUACUGCCUGGUCCACACAGACCUGAGGCGACGCGUGCCGAAGCAGGUCGAGGCCGGGGUGCCCCGGGAGAUGGAGCGGCAGGAGCCCAAGGAGGACGGGGAGGACAUCUUCCCCGUGCAGGAGACCCUGCUCGGCGGCCAGCCCGUGGCCCAGGAGGACGGCAAGGAGAGCCGCAUCUCGGAGCAGGAGGGGCUGUGAGGCCGGGGGGCGCUGACAGGAGCACAGCCGGGGCCGGCGCCCCCUGCUCUGCCCCUCGGGCCCGGGAGGGAGGGGAAGCCCCCGGCCGCCGGCACACGCGGAGGGGCCGCGGCUCGACCGCCCCGGGAGGGGAACGCAGCGGGCCCGGCCCUGCCGCCGGCCGGGGGGGGCCGGUGCGGGACGGCGGGGGCGCGGCGCUGCCGGGCAGCCCCGGGGGGGGGCAGCGCCCAGCUCGGGGCCGCGGGCUCCGGGACGGGCGGCGGCCGGGGUGAAUAAAGGGCAGCCCCGGACCCACGCGUGUCCGCGACACGGGCUUCUGCGGCCGGGGGGGCGGCGGCGGCCGGGGGGGUGCGGAGCCGCCGCGCCGCCAGGAGAUGGAGCUGCGCCACCGCCACCGCCACCGCCACCGCCACCGGCACCGGCACCGGGCGGGGCAGCCGGCGGCAGAGCCGCCCCCCCCGGCGGGGACGGCGGCUCCGGGCCCGGUUCCCGCAGCCCGGGGGCUCCCAGCCCCGGCCGGCGGCGGGGUCGCGGCCCCGGCCCCGCGCCCCCCGGAGCUGGCGCUGCGUUAGGCUGGGGGCCGGUACCCGCGGUUGUUCUCCACCGCUCCGUUGACAAAAAGCCGGUGUUUUAACGUUAAUUGCUCUGCCGCUGGGCCGGCCCCUGCAGCCCGCCCCGCUGCCGGUACCGGUGCUCCUGCCGGGGGAGGGCAGGGCAGACCGGCAGCAUCCCUGCCCGACCCCGCCGGGCCCCCCGCAGCACAGCCGGGCCUGGGCGCCCCCCCCGCGAGGCUGGGGGCAGCGGCUGCAGCCCGCGGCCACCGCCACCUGGCUGCGCAGCGGGGCAGGAGAAGGGCCAUAAAUCCCAGAGCCAGGAGCAGCUGGAACUCGGAGCAGCUUUUACUGUAAAGGCAGAGGCACGUUAUUUAAGGCUCCUCUUAAAACCUAAUGUUAGGUUUAAUAAGGGAGAUAAAAGCAUGUCAGCAGCUCUCCCGCUCAGGGCUCUGUGCUGCCAGCGGUGCCAGCAUCUCCUUGGCACCAGCCCAGUGAACACCCUGCCCUGGGGACAAAAAAGGGCCCCAGUUCCUGCUGGCACUGCCAGCACAGAGUGCUGCCAUCAGACGAGACACGCGCAGAGCCGUCGGCCCCAAACGCACAGCUUUUGGCCCCAACCUUCCCCCCACCUCCCAAAGAACUGUUUCCCCACAGCUGCCCCACAGCAGCCGCCUGGCCCUGGCUCCCUGCCUCCCCCAGGGCUGACCUCUCCCCGCUGGCACGCAGCGUUUGAUGCCUGCUCCUGCAUGUCAGACAUGUGCCAUCUCAUUAGUGCGUCUGUCCCCCAAAGUGAGAAGGGAGAGCGCGUGAGACCUAAUUGAAUGUAACUAAUUAUUCACUCUGCAAAUGCUCUGUUUAAAUGGGAUUGUGAGGGACAGAAUUACUCAUUCUGAAAAGGGGAGAGAAAGAGAGAAAGACGGAGAGAAAACAAAUAGAGGCGGAUGCUGGAGCUGCAGCUCCCUCUCUCCCCAGAAUACCAAUUACUGGAUGAAGUGAUUGUAUAAAUCUUUACCGAGUGAACGAACUGUA